AUGCCCGGCAGUGUAGUCGGUGCAGGAUCAGUAGCGCCAGCACCGGUCAUAACAGCGGGAGGAGCCUCAGCAGCUGGUGGACCAGGCAUUGGGGCCAAGAGCUCCAGCCUAAGCGCUCUUCAAGAGAUUGAGGAGGCCUACAACAAGCGACUUGAUAUGGACGUGGCACAGCUGAUGGAGUCCUUUGGCGACAUUGUCAAGGUCGCUUCCGGACGAGCCACCAACAUUGUGUCUUCCGCAGAGUCAUUGCUGGCCAUGGUCACGGAGCUGAAGCAGACACUUCUUUUGAAUGAUGCCAACACACUUUCAGAGCUGUCCACGCGGCGGCAAAAUGAGCUUUCGACACAAAAAACAGCGGUGAAGCAGCGGGUGCUGGGGCUCAAAGAGGAGGUCGACAGGACGAUAUGGGAGCUGGAGCAGGCCUGCUAUGGCACACCACAACAUACUGUACUAUAA